AUGGACAUGCACGCCAGACUGCCUAAUCGAAAAUGGCCAACUUGCACGCCAUGCUUUCGAGUCGAUGCCGUCUGCUCUGGACCAUCGACUGAGGUCAAGUUUGUCCACAAUGGCGUCCAUGCCACCACCAACGGAACAGACGUCGAGGUGCCAGUCAAGUCUACAAAGCCACAGUUGCGAUGUAGCACACCAUUUCAUGCCAUCGUCGCCAUCAACUCUCGAGAUGUACCCGGCGGGUCCUCUUACAGCGUACUUCGUCUAUCACAAGAACCACGUCGCAGCCUCACAACUGUGGCAGAUCGCCUGGCCGCAACCCUUGUCAGGCAUCUUGAACACGGCUCGGAUAGUGCAUUCCUGCUGACCUUGGGCCACAUCAAGUUUGUGCCCGCUCGUGUUGGAGCAAGCCCUGCAUUACGUGACUGUGUGGCCAUGCUUUGUUCCUCAUGGGCCAACUUCCGACGAGCUCUACCAGUAGAACAGAUCAUCAACUCCCAAACCUAUGGCAAGGCGCUUCGCAGUCUGCAGAUCGCUCUCAAUGAUGAACGCCAACAACUUAGCGCUGAGACGCUGGCCGCAGUCACCAUCAUGGAGCGAGUCGAGAUUGCAUUCGAUGCAAGGCGGUCCCCCCAUAGAGCAGUCCAUGGGCAAGGAAUGCACGGGCUGAUGCUCAAGAGAGGACCGCCGAGACUCAGUGACGAGCUCGACACCUGUUUGGCGUUUGAUAAUAUGGGAUCAAUGCUGGCACACUCGCUUGUCGAGGGAGGCCCAAACCUUCUAUCUACGUCACAAUGGAAGAAUACGUUGGAAGAAGCCCUAAGAAACGGUUUAGAUCUUCCAAGCGACCGUCUGGAUGCGUAUGCUCUAGAUCUGCACAGUAGAUAUUGGCCAUUGCUAGUGCAUGAACUGAAGCUUGUACGCAACAGUGCCAGCACAGUCUCCAUGAAAAAGAGCGCCGCAGCUCUUCAGGCUCGAGUUCUUAAUACAAUUCCAGAUCUCAAGGCUCUUGGUGAAAGCAUAGUUGCAAAGAUGCGCAGAUUGGGUAACAUGACGGGAAUGCCAGACGACGAAUCCCCUCUAGGCAUGAGCUAUCAUUUCACAAACAUGGGGUCGGCACAGUGUUGGAUGACAUACAAGAUGCUCUCCGUUGUUCUAAACAGAAUCUUACACGCCUUGGCUCUUCUUUUGAGUCAACCAGUCGCCCUUUUAGACAGCGAGAACGUUACGCUGUCUCGGGAAAUCUCUCAGCCACCGCUAUUUUUGGCAUAUGAAGGCGCAAAUGGGCUCGAGAGAGCCUACUUGCUAAAAUUUAUUCUAUGGUCUGACAAGUUCAAGAAGAGAUUUCCACAGGACAGCGGGGCAUUAGAGAAGUUUGUGCUCACAACUGCAUAUGCACUCUCAGGACGAGGCGAAUUUUGUCAGUCUACUUAG